AUGGCGGACUUCCUGCCGUCGCGGUCCGUGCUGUCCGUGUGCUUCCCCGGCUGCGUGCUGACCAGCGGCGAGGCCGAACAGCAGCGCAAGUCCAAGGAGAUCGACAAAUGCCUGUCCCGGGAGAAGACCUACGUGAAGCGGCUCGUGAAGAUCCUGCUGCUGGGCGCGGGCGAGAGCGGCAAGUCCACCUUCCUGAAGCAGAUGCGGAUCAUCCACGGGCAGGACUUCGACCAGCGCGCGCGCGAGGAGUUCCGCCCCACCAUCUACAGCAACGUGAUUAAAGGUAUGAGGGUGCUGGUAGAUGCUCGAGAGAAGCUUCAUAUUCCGUGGGGAGAUAACUCAAACCAAGUCAACGGAGACAAGAUGAUGGCGUUUGACACCCGGUCCCCCAUGGCGUCCCAAGGAAUGGUGGAAACUCGAGUUUUUUUGCAGUAUCUCCCUGUUAUAAGAGCAUUAUGGGCAGACAGUGGUAUACAGAAUGCCUAUGACCGGCGUCGAGAAUUUCAACUGGGUGAAUCUGUAAAAUAUUUCCUGGAUAACUUGGAUAAACUUGGAGAAGCAGAUUACAUUCCAUCACAACAAGAUAUUCUGCUUGCCAGGAGACCCACCAAAGGCAUUCAUGAGUACGACUUUGAAAUUAAAAAUGUUCCUUUCAAAAUGGUUGAUGUGGGUGGUCAAAGAUCAGAGAGAAAACGAUGGUUUGAAUGCUUCGACAGUGUGACAUCAAUACUUUUCCUUGUUUCGUCAAGUGAGUUUGACCAGGUGCUCAUGGAAGACCGACUGACCAAUCGCCUUACAGAAUCUCUGAACAUUUUUGAAACAAUCGUCAAUAACCGGGUUUUCAGCAAUGUCUCCAUUAUUCUCUUCUUAAACAAGACAGAUUUGCUUGAGGAGAAAGUGCAAAUUGUGAGCAUCAAAGACUAUUUCUUAGAAUUUGAAGGGGAUCCCCACUGCUUAAGAGACGUCCAAAAAUUCCUGGUGGAAUGUUUCCGGAACAAACGCCGGGACCAGCAGCAGAAGCCUUUGUACCACCACUUCACCACUGCUAUCAACACGGAGAACAUCCGCCUUGUUUUCCGUGACGUGAAGGAUACCAUUCUUCACGACAACCUCAAGCAGCUCAUGCUACAGUGAUGUACAAAAGACUGGCCGUUUUAAUACCUUUUGUCCUUUUGAUUGUUUUCUGUUUGUUUUGUUUUUUAAAAUAGCAGUUUACAACAGGAAUUAGAAAAAUCUUGAUUCUAAGUUUAACUUCUUGGAAAUCUUAGUCUUCCUCCUGCCGACUUUGGUUUGUGGCCGAAAGCUGCUGAAUAACACAUUGCCGAUACCUGUUGAUGUUCAGCCUUUGAUCUGUUUCGCUGUGGCUUCCCUUUGAGGGGGUUGUAGUUUCCUGCCAAGCCUCUGACUAGGUAGAGUUCAGGCUUCAGCUUCUCCCACUUCUCAAACUGAAUUCUGUAGUGCCAAGUAUGGAAGGUGUCCUCGAGUCUUUAUUGGUAUGAGGUUAAGGAUAUUCAGUUCUAAAACAAGCAAGAUCCCUUUUAUCUGCCUUGUGCACGGCCGUGAUACUUGUCCUAGCUUUAUGGUGACCUUGUUUGAAAGGGCUGUUGGAAAAAAGUUUGAUCUAAGGACUGGCAUUCUGUAGCUUUACACAGAUUUAGCCUUCGUGUUUUUUUAAUUGCUUACAUAGUGCCAGUUGUUUAGUUUUAAAAUUUCUGUGGUUUCUGAAGGUAAUGUUCUUAGUGUUUUACAGUUUACAUAAGGAUUCCUGGUCUGACGCUAAUGGAGGUUCACAAAUGGUACGGGGCAGGGGGACGGGGGCAAGAGACAAGCCAAGGCCCUACAAGAGUGUUUGAUGCAAAAUAAUCAGUGGAAUAUAAUGGGCCCUUUCAUAUUUAAGUCUCAUGUAAUAAAUGUGCCAUAUGUGAAACAUUCUGGCCAUAGCAGCAACUGUAAAAAUCGCAGGUCACUUGAUAACAGAACUUUCUGAAUAAACAUACCCUUUCCAGGCUGUGACGUGCUUUACGCUCAGACUUGCGUGCCCUGCCUCGGGGGACUCGGGUCCUGGCUGCGGAGAAGCACUGUUGUACAUCACAGACAUCUUUCUUUCGUUCCCUUGUCUGUUCCCAUCAACUCCAGCUGUGGCAUUUCUGGGAGCUUUUGUUUAGUUGGAGUUUGCCAAGGGCAGUGUUUUCCUGUCAAACGACCCAAGAAGGCAUUAUUUGAGAUUCCUGUUUAUUUUUGGUGUGUCUCUAAAAGAUACAUGUACAUGUUUAUAUCAUUAUUGCUUAUGAAGUUCUGGCUUUAUUGAGGUACAUUUUGAAUGUCUUGAGGAUACUUCUAAGAAUAAGUAGUAAUUUUUUUUAGCUCACACCGGAAGAUGAUUACAUUUGACCUCUCCUCACCACUUAGAUGAGAUGAGAGCGUACCCUUGAGGACAAAUAUGGUCAUAGUGAACUCAUCAGAGGGGCUGGUUUGCAGUACUGAGAAUACUGCCUUCUGGGUUGAGUGUGGUGUGAGACCGGGACUGGAGAAGCAAAUGCCCGAGGCUGGUGACAGUUGGGAAAAUGGGACAGCUUUUCUCCUUUUCCUGAAAAUUGUGAUUAAGACUGUGAUAUCUGUCACUUUACUGUAGAGCUGUGUUCUCAGGUAUUCUGUUGGCUAGAAAGUCCUUGAAAGAUUGGUCAACAUUACGGAUCACGCAGCCUUUCCAAGACCGUGGCUCUUGGUCUGUCUGCUGUCUAGUGUGAGAGUAGGGCUUUUCAAGGAGCUAACCAGGGAUUGUUCUUAACCAUUCCUGACUUUUCUUGCAUUUGAAGUUCCACCAUCAUUUUAUCCAUAGUAACUUCCAAUGUGUCCAUGCCUUGGUCAUCCUCGAGCUACAGACACGUAGCCCAGCAUCAUAAUGCAAGUCUUCAUAGUAUAUAGUUCAUGCAUGUUUGAAUAGUUCUACAUCCAGUGCUUCUUGCCAAAAAGAAUAUAGUGUUUAAAUUCACAGAAUUAGAAUAACUUAAGUGCUAGCGGAUAUCUGAAUACGCACACAGUAACAUUUGGACUUUUUGCUGGAGAGUCUACGUGUAAAUUGUGCAAAUAGUUUAACUGAAUGGCCCAAACCAUUGAACUCCAGUGAAGGCUAAAGUAAGUUCCCUGUACAAAGGGGAAACUUAGUCUUAUUUAAGUUAUAUUUAAGAUCUGUGAUAGAAACCAUAAAUACUGCCUGACAAAGCAGCAAUCACCAAGUUAUCCCGUUUUGACUACCACCAAGAAAUGUUAAAACACCAAAUAGAUACGGUAUUAUUUUUGGGUAUUUGUGAUUUUCUUAUGUUUGUGAUGUCUCAGAUAUCUCAACGUUCUUUUAAAAUAAAAUCUAGACUGUAUUUUGAGGCAGCAGAGUACUUCUACUUAAUGACCGGCUUGUUUAGACAGUGGAAGUGUGAGUCUCAGUCUGAAGAAUUUAACUCACAUUUUUAUAUAGACUGUACUUUAAAAGCAUUUGAAGGAGUCUUAAUACCUGUAUUAUGAAAACUAGAUCCUUUUGAAAUACCAGUAUAUGAAGAAGGAGAUGAAAUUUAGUGAGCCAAAUUAAAAAGGUGCUCAUUGCUUUCACUAUGCCAAUUUCCCCUGAUCUCUAAAAAAGUGGUUUAAAGUUCUUUGGUCUGUUUGCUUUUUUAAGUCUUAAUGAUUAUGAUUUGGAACAAAAUGUGCCUAAUUCUCUAUUACAUUGUGUUCCUAAAUCCAAAUGUCUUCUCACUGAAUUCUUAAGAAAUGUCACAAAAGUGCCCUCAUUGGCCUUGAAGAAAUGUGUAAUAUACAGAGUUGCCUUAUAAAACAAAGAAUACCACAAAUUUGGGCCUUGAUUUUCAUAGGGAAAAGGUUUUGCCAAGUGUUUUCUGAGGCUCCACAUCAUGUAAGGCCUGCCUCUGCCACUUAAAUACUAUUUUUUUUUUAAUAACCCGAAUCGUUGCUUUCUGCCAAACGCCAUAUGACGUGGACGUCUUCACUUCAGCAUUACUGUCUGGCACAGGCACUUGGUAGCUGGAGAGCGGCCACAGCUAGAGAAGGUGAGCAGGAUGACAAAGCUCACCCGUGCCUGUUUGGUUUUCUUUGAAGUUGCACCGGCGUGUCUUACACGGUGAAGAUCCUCUGGUUAAUCUCAAGUUGAGGUUGUUUAGGGAAAUCCUUUCUCGGCUGGUGGCAGUGGUUGGUUUAAAGUAGAAGGAAGUAAGUGUAUGUCAAUACCAGAAAUGAUUAGAAGUAUUGAUUUAGAUGCAACAGAAAUCAUGCGCCCUGUCAUUUUUUUGUAAGAGAGAAUGAGUAAAUCUGAACUUCCAGUGUGUACCCAAGUACUUACAUUUAUGCUUUUGAUAAAAAUGUAUUUUCAGCCUUAGUACACAUAUCCGGUUAUGCCUUAUUUAUGUGAAGAAUGAAGUUACCAAGUCAUGAUCUAUUACGUUCUGAAACUCAAAUCACCCUUCGAAAAGGCCUCAAAUUGGUGCUUUCAUUAUGUAAUGAUCCAUUUAGACAAAACCCCAAACCAAGCCAUCUGAAACAAGUUUCUCUCCAUUGCAAUUUGUAGCAAUGUUACUUCUGUCUGUGUAAUAAGAAGGCUAAAAAAUCAGUGUUAACUCUUAAUUUCUUAUUUGAAUCCAUGAAAUCAUGCCUGUAAAGCUCAAACAUUUGUAACAAACUCCCCAAUAAAUCUAGAGAAAGUCACUCUGUUACUUUCUUAUUACUUUUAGUUUAAUUGAAGGAAUCAAUCACAGAAAGUUUGCACGUGUCUUUUUCAGUCGGAAGUUUGACUUCUCCUUCUCGGUCACUUUAUGUCGCUUUCCCAUCAUUUCCGCACGUUCGCUUCCAUCCGUUGCUCAUGCACGGGGUGUGCCGCUUGCCUGUAAGGACUGAUUUUCUUUUAUUAAUGGGAUGCAGGCUGGCCUUUCAGCCUAGUAAAGCAUGAGGAACCGAGGCGGGGGUGGGGAGGUUGUACGAGAGCGGGUGUGUAUGAGUCUCCACAUUCCAAGUAAGGCAAAUGUUAUGAUAACAUAGCCAUUAUCUUAUGGUACGAGGUUAGGGCUUAAUAACUUUAUACUAGAGAUUGAAGUAUAAGUUGACACCUGAACAUUUUAAACAGGCUGGACUUUAUGGGUUUUUCAAGUCCCAUCAAGGCCAUGUUAGCCUUAGGCUGGUGAGUGAUUAUUAACAGCAUUUGAAGUACAAUGUUUGUACCACUAGCAUUCUUGUGUCUGUACGUGAAUGUAUAGUUAGCAUGUAAGUGAAUAUGUUCAUUCUUGUGGCAUCCAGGUCUAACCGUCUGAUUUCAAAUGCCAGAGCUCAUACGGAACAAAAAGAGUGAAUGAUGGGGCAGUAUUUUUUGGGUUGAUGGGAGGUUUGGGGACCUAUCCAGAUCUGUUGAUAAAAAAAAAAAAAUGUCCAGGUCAAAGUAUGGUAGGACCCACUAUGCAUACAUUUUCAAUCUGUGGAUGUCGUGGUAGAAAUAUGCUACUUACUGGGUAUCUGAUUUGGGUUUGUAUUUAGAAAGCUUGUUCAUGGUAUUUCUUGCCAUAAUAAGUGAUACAUCUGUCCUCAGUUAUUCCCAUAUGAUGGUACCAAGGGGGGACAAAGAGGGGGCGGGUAAAGAUUAACUCUUGGAAAGUAUAUGUAACAAUGCAACAAACUAUACCAUUUACUCUCUCUUUACCUCUUACUUGAAAGCAGAAUGGCAACAUGUAUUAAAUGGCUUUUCUGUACCACUCUACCUGAGAGCUCAUUUACCACAAGAAGCCUUAUCAAAAAGUGUAUUUUGUAACAACCUCACAGAUACUGUACCCAACAAAACAUGAUUUGUAUUAGCUUUGUAUAAAAGUAUUUGUGGCUUAGGAUUUUUUAUACGUAUUAUAUCUUUUUAUAACUUUCCAGGAACUAAGAAGCACGUUAUCUGAUGUUGUACAUUUUUUUUUCUGUCAGUGCUUUAGUUCAGGAUUGGCAAUAAAUUAUUUCUAAAGGAGGUCUGAAAGUGGAAAGAAUGGUUUGAGAUUACACCAUGAGUUGCUAGUCAUGAAGGCUUUUUACUUUUGUACAUAUUUUGCAAAAAUUUUGCCUCUUGCUAUUAAUAUUUGCUUUGUAAGAAUUACUGACAUUUAAUAAACAUUUAUAAACUA